AUAUCGAUCCAUCAAUGUCAUUUUAGCAAAGCUUUGUUUUUAUACAUUUACGUGCGUACCUUAUGUUUCUUAAUGGAAGUUAGCAAUGAAGAUAAUUUAAGGCUUGAUGGUUGUCAGAUACAACUUAAGAUGAGACCGUUUGGAGAUCAGGGAAAGGCUAGCUCUCGCUGUGCUUUAUUGGGGAGAGAUAUUUCCAGGCCGUUUUCCGCAAUUCCAUUACUCAAUUUGGGUCGCAAUGAAUUUGACGAUUGCAAAAACUCCACCAGAAGGCCUUGGUCCGCCGACAACCCUCCCCGCUUCCAACAUUCGGCGUACGAAACCAUUUAUACGGAUGGAAGCGUGGACAGUGCUGAGGAGAUGCUACCUUCAUCCGCACUUCUUGACGAUUUACUGUCAGAAACGUUGUACUCGUGGAGAAAUGGGAAACGGACGAAGCAGAGUCGGAAGGGCAAGCACGCGCGUAGGUGUCCUCCAAAAUUGACCAAGCGCGCCGUGCGGCCUUACGAAAAUGACACCCCUUCGGCCGACUCGGACACGAACAGCUCCGCCGAAAGUGUAACUAAAACCGAGCUCGUGGAGAAGAGAGCUGCCAAAUCUCCCAGUCCAGUCAACGAAUAUGAAGAACGAAUCAAAGCGAUGGCUCUACGUCCCGGUCUAAAAACGAAACCGCCCAUUCCAAAAAAGCCCCAAACGUCGCCUAGCUCAAGAAAAUCGUUUCACGAUACGCAAAACUUUGAGUUAAUUACCGAUAAUAUGGUAGGUUACCUACCCGUUGACCAUAGUCAAAGCAGCACCAGCACUUUGGAUGAAGUCAAAUGGUUUGACGAAAGAAAGACCCAUGACGAAGUCCAGGCAUCCGAAGUCAAUACAGACUUAUCCAUACAGCAUCUGAAGCAGAGCCAAGCAACGCAAGGCGAUAGUGAAUCGGAUGUUGCGCACACGACGCAGUUGAACGAUAUCUCAAAUUUCGAGCCGAAAGUAACCGGUGCAAAACGAGUCAACUUUGAAAACGUCGACUUCUCCAUGUACGAAAAGCGUAAAAUGAAACCCUGUCCCAAAAACUUUAUCAAGGAGAACAUAAAGCUCACAUCCCGAAGAUCGCGGAAGAAGCCAUCAAGCUCCGACAGUGACGAGAGUCUUAAUAACGCGGCGAAAUUUGUACCAACACCGAUAAGGUCGGCCGACUGCUCGAGGAAGCCCCCGACCGACGUUGAAUCAUGGAUGGCCCGCGAUGAGGGAGCUAAACCGACAUAUUCAGCCUGCUUGGAUAGGGUCGAUGAGCUGCAGGAGGUGUGCAAAGGUACACGACUGGCAGAGGUCGACGUCAGCGAUGCGGAUGAUGGCAGCACUUACGAUGAUAUUGUCGAGAUUUUACAAACGUUAGAGGAAGAGGACAAGAGAUCACAAACCACAAUGGAGGCCAUGAAAAAAAUGGUUAGCGAGCAGCUUUCGGAAAACCAGAAACACGCCAAGCAGGACGUUGACACUGAUCCAGGUCAUCCACAAAGGGACGAAGAGCAACCUUCUAGGUCUUCGAUUAGUUCUUCCACAAACUUAAACGAUAUCUUCCAUUUCUUGGACGAGGUAGAUAAAAACUGCAGCAAAAGCCUAUCUUGCGCCAAGGAGCGGUUCGCCACUGCCUCUCAGUUGCUGAACAACGGCCUACACUUGGAUACCAUUCCGAGAUUAGAAGAGCUUCUCGAACAUUCCGAUUUGGAAUUAUCCAACUACGUCAUCCAGUUAAGCUUACGUCUCAAGGAAAAGUCAUCGUCGGUUGCACUUCUUCAAAAGGAGCUGUCGAGCUUGCGCGAGCAAGUGGCGAAGAUGUCGAGGGAGGCGAGCGAAACUGUGCGCCAAAAGUUGAGGUUGCAGAAGGAAGACUAUGAAAAUGCGGUUAAGAGGCACCAGAAGUUUAUCGAUCAGCUCAUCACCGAUAAGAAGACCUUGAAUCAGCAGUGCGAGGGACUCGUUCAAGAGAUGAAGGUUCUCGAAGACCGGUACAAUUCCAACUUAAAGGCGGCCGAGCAUAAACACAGGGUUGAACUGCAAAAGCUAAAGGAGAUGCACACGGCUGGUGAGAAGAUGCGCAGGGAUCGGUGGAUUGAUUCCAAAACACAAAAAAUCAAGGAGAUGACGGUGAAGGGGCUCGAGCCUGAGCUUGAUAAAAUGAACGCGCGCCACCAACAGGAGCUGAUGGAUUUGCGCAUGCUGCACAAACGCGAGAUCGAGGACAUGGAGCUGCGCUCGGCCAGGAAACUGCAGCAGCACUGUGAGGCGUUGCGCGAUCAGCUCGUUACUGAAAGGGAAAAGGCGCUUGCUCAAGAGCGGGAGGCGCUGAGGCAAAGGUACGAGCACAUGGUGGAAGCCGAAGAGCAGGGAUUUCAGGAGCAGCGCCGCCGACUUUUGGGGGACCACGCGAAACGCGUUUCCGAAUGCGAGGAUCGCGAGAACGCCGCGAUUGCAGAGAAGGAGCGCGCGGUUAAGCAGGCCCAGAGCGAAUUUGAAGACAAACUUCAGACGGUGAUGAGAAAGCACAACAUCGAGUUAAAUUUGCUGAAAGAGAAAACCGAGAUGGAAAUGGAGACGUUCCGCAACAAUUACAAAAAGCAGGUCGCGCUCCAAUUGGGCGAGAAGGAGGCGCAAAUUCGCGAGAAGUGUCGCAAAGAGCGCGACAAGGAGAUCGACUCUGUGAUCGAACGUCUGGAGUUGGAAGCAUCCGAAAAUAAGCAGCAGUUGGAGGAGAGCUUGGAGAACAGGAUCAGGCGACUGAAAGAAAAGUACGAGAAGGAAAUUAGAGAUCUAGAACAGUCGGAGCGGGACAUCAACGGAAAGUAUUCCGAAAACAAGCUGAAACUAGCAGAAGCUGACGAGCAGAUACUCACCAUGAAAACCAGCUCCAAACAAUUGGAACUACAGCUACUAGACUUGAAAGAAUUAACAGCCAAAUUAUCCGGCGAAAGAGAACACGUGAAGGAAAUAAUUAAAGAUGAAAUGAAACAGGAAGUGAGGGGCUUGGAAAAGGAAUUGCAGGAAGUGAAAUCCGACAAGGAGAGGGAGUUACAGAAAGUGUACGCAAGGGUGAAAGUUGCAGUUGCAAGGAAAGACGAGACAAUUUCAGAGUUAAGUCGCGACCACAUCGCUCUGCAAGAGAAGUGCGCCUAUUUAGAAAGUAUGCUCGAGCAGCAAAGAAAAGAGUAUCUUAUGAAGUAGUCUUAAGAAUAAUGAUAGAGAUAAGAGCCUACUGAUUUUUUUCUAUUUUUAUAUGACUUUAUACGCCCUUUAGGUUAGAUUUUAUAGUAAACUUGUGCACAAGA